GCGCUAUAUGGUAGGGUCAGUUAGUUUAUAGUUUUCCACCUUGGUAGACUUUAAAUCUGCUAGCCAUGUAUAAGAUUGUUUCACUUCUGGUUGUCCUUAGUGUCGCGUAUGGUCAAGACCAUUACAAUCACAAUGAUCCACGUAAUGCCGCAAUUCUCAGUGAGCAGCGUUAUUUAAGUGGCGAUGGUUCAUUUGGUGCGCAAUACACUCAAGAAGAUGGAGUACAAUUUAAAGAAGAAAGUCUUCCUGAUGGCAGUAGACGCGGUUCAUACUCGUACAUCGAUCCAAGUGGGCAAAAGAAAACUGUAAUGUAUACCGCAGGAAAACAUGGCUUCCAAGCUACAGGAGAUCACAUCCCUCAAGCACCAGCAACCGAACUUCCCGUCGCACCCAAGCCCCAAUACCAACCCCUUCCGCAAUAUAAUCCUCCCCAAAACGAUUACCACGCACAACCCCAACACCGGCCCCAAUACAACUCCCAACCGCAAUAUUACCAGCAACCACAACAGCACCAACAACCACAAUACAACCAAGAACCCCAAUAUAAUCCCCAACCCCAAUAUAAUCCUCAACAACAUCAGCAUUAUCAACCUACCCCCGCUCCGCAACAAUAUUACGAGACGACACCGCAACCGCACAGGUUUUACCCUCCGGGUAAAUUGUCACUAAACAGAUCUCCCGAUGGUUUCAGUUACUCCUUUAAUAAAUCGUGAUAUUUAUGUUUAACUUUUUCCUGUGUGUAAAUUAUUAAUAAAUAAUUUUUAAGGUCUUCUCAAGUUA